AUGUCGACCAAAAUCUCAAAAGUCGCCUUGCUCGGAGCAGAUGGCAAGCUGGGUCCUGCCAUCAUGCAUGCACUGGUUGAGAACGGAUUCAAUGUUACAGUCUUGAAGCGGAAGUCAUCGAAAUCGCCUUCUUCGUACCCGUCGCAGAUCUUAGUAUCGGAUGAUUUCAACGUGCCUGAAUUGACGGAAGCUCUGAAAGGAAUCGAUGCCGUUGUGAUUACUGUCAAAGGCAGCCAGACAGAUCUCCAAAAGCGAAUAGCAGAGGCAGCGGUGCAGGCUGGUGUGAAGCGCCUCAUCCCAGCCGACUUCGGGUCCUGCGACUCGUCCACCCAAUUCGCCCAAGACACCGUCCCCCUCUUCAAACACAAAGCCAACCUCAGACAAUACCUCACCGACCUCUCCACCAAAAACCCCUCCUUCGGCUGGACCUCCAUCGUCUGCGGCCACUUCUUCGACUGGAGCCUUGAAUUCCUCCACAUCUACCUCCCGCAACGCAAAGCCGAGAUCCUCGACGACGGCGCCGCGAAAUGGUCCGCCAGCAGCCUAGGCCAGAUCGCCGAAGCCACGGCGAGGAUCCUGCUCCGGCCGGACGUGACGAAGAACCGGAUGCUUUAUAUCCAGAGUUUCCUCGUUUCGCAGAGUGAAGUCAUCGCGGCGUAUGAGAAGGCCACGGGGACGAAGUGGGAGGUUGCCAAGUUUGAGAGUGAGAAGUAUUUGGAGGAGGAGAAGAGCAAGGCGGCGGAGGGGGAUCUGGAGGCGGUGGAGAAUCUUGUGUGGUUGGUGGGGACGGUGGAUGGGAAUUGGGAGGGGAAGAAGGAUUUUGCGAUGGAGGAUCUUGGGUUGGUGGAGGAGGAUUUGGAGAGGGUUGUGAGGAAGACGGUGGAGAGGUUGGGGUGA